CAAAUGAAAUCUCCCGCCACCCGGGAAAAGUGGUUGUCAGCGUUUGUGUUUUCUCGAGUUUGGGCGUUUGCAGGCGAUCCAAGAUGCAGUUUUCUGGAGGAAGGAGGAAGAAGCUGGGGUUGGCAGGAGACCAAAGGAAUGCUUGUUACCCUCAUAGCCUUCAGUUUUACUUGCAGCCACCUACUGAAAACAUCUCUUUGAUAGAGUUUGAAAACUUGGCUAUCGAUAGAGUUAAAUUGCUAAAAGCAGUUGAAAAUCUUGGUGUAAGCUAUGUGAAAGGAACUGAGCAGUAUCAGAGUAAGCUGGAGACUGAGAUUCGAAGGCUUAAAUUUUCCUACAGAGAAAACUUAGAAGAUGAAUAUGAACCACGAAGAAGAGAUCAUAUCUCUCAUUUUAUUUUGCGCCUUGCUUAUUGCCAGUCUGAAGAUCUUAGACGCUGGUUCAUUCAACAAGAAAUGGAUCUCCUUCGAUUUCGAUUCAAUAUUUUACCCAAAGACAAAAUUCAGAAUUUCUUAAAGGAUAGCCAUUUGCAAUUUGAAGCUAUAAGCGAUGAAGAGAAGAGUCUUCGAGAAGAGGAAAUUAUUACCUCUUCAAGUUUAAAUGAGGCUCAGUGGGAGAUGGAGUCAGUAUAUAAAAUCCCUUUUGCUGAUGCUCUAGAUUUGUUCCGAGGAAGGAAAGUCUACUUAGAAGAUGGCUUUGCUUAUGUGCCACUUAAGGACAUUGUGGCAAUCAUCCUGAAUGAAUUUAGAGCCAAACUGUCCAAGGCUUUGGCAUUAACAGCCAGGUCCUUGCCUGCUGUGCAGUCAGAUGAGAGACUUCAGCCCCUGCUCAACCACCUCAGUCAUUCCUACACUGGUCAAGAUUACAGUACACAGGGAAAUACUGGGAAGAUUUCUUUAGAUCAGAUUGAUUCGCUUUCUACCAAAUCAUUCCCACCUUGUAUGCGUCAGUUACAUAAGGCCUUGCGGGAAAAUCACCAUCUACGUCAUGGAGGUCGAAUGCAAUAUGGCCUCUUUCUGAAGGGCAUUGGUUUAACAUUGGAACAGGCAUUGCAGUUUUGGAAGCAAGAAUUUAUCAGAGGAAAGAUGGAUCCAGAUAAGUUUGACAGAGGUUACUCUUAUAAUAUCCGUCAUAGCUUCGGAAAGGAAGGCAAGAGGACAGACUAUACACCUUUUAGUUGUUUGAAGAUUAUUCUGACUAAUCCACCAAGUCAAGGAGACUAUCAUGGGUGCCCAUUUCGUCACAGUGAUCCAGAGCUGCUGAAACAGAAGUUGCAGUCAUACAAAAUCUCUCCCGGAGGGAUAAACCAGAUUUUGGAUUUGGUAAAGGGGACACACUACCAGGUAGCCUGUCAGAAGUACUUUGAGAUGAUACAUAACGUAGAUGAUUGUGGUUUUUCUUUGAGUCAUCCUAAUCAGUUUUUUUUGGAGAGUCAACGGCUUCUAAAUGGUGGUAAAGACAACAAGAAGGAAUCCACCCAACCAGAAACUCCUCAACCUAAACCAAGUGUCCAGAAACUCAAGGAUGCAUCAUCUGCUCUGGCCUCUUUAAAUUCCUCCCUGGAAAUGGAUAUGGAGGGAUUAGAAGAUUAUUUCAGUACAUGAUUCUUAGGCAGUUAUGUAAUCCUUUCCCCCACCAACCAUUAUUUCUUAUAUUUUUAAGAUUUUGUCCAUUUCUUUAACCUUUAUAUAUUUUUUAACUUCUCUCUCCACCCCAUUUCAUGUAGACAUACAUGUAUGCACAUUUAUUAGCAAAGUAAGCUUGCAGGCAUAAACAUAGACCUUCACUGUAUUUUGCUUUGACAGAAUAGAAAGUGAAAAGAUUCUGUUUAAAUCUGGCUCUUGAAUAUUAUGAUUUAAGUCCUGGGUUAGAAAAUCAAAAUAGCCUUCUGGACUAUUGAAGUCUCUCAGAAACUAUGCAGCUAAACAACCUUUAUUUUAAUUACUCUCAUUUUGUAAUUUUCACCCAAUUCUUUUCUGGACCAUUUGUGCUAAUAAAUAUCAAAAUGUAUGUGACUA